ACAAACAAGCCCGAGCAGAAGCAGAGAGGAAAGAGUUUGCGGUCACCAUCCCGUCAUGAGGAUUGCGCGUCCGUCUCGGCCGCGCGUCCCCGCUCGGAUCGAGCUGGCGACGUGCGCGGCGCCCCGCUGUCACGCGCGCGACGUGGAGCGAGAGAGCAAGGCUGCUGCGAGGAUGAAGCGCAACCCCCCUCCUGCUUUUGGGCCUGCUGGUCUUUGUUUUGGUUCAGGCACAGACGGAGGAGAACGAACCAGCAGGGUGGCGAGGAAGAACACGUGGAGCUCUUCACCACACCCGCCACCAAGAUGGCUGCCGCCACCUCCGACUUUGGCUACAACCUUUUCCGUGCGCUGGCAGCCCAGCAGGACAACGCCAAUGUGGUUCUCGCGCCCAUCAGCGUCUCUGCGGUCCUCACCCAACUGGCCAUGGGAGCUUCUGAGCGUGGCGAGAGGCAGCUGUUCCGGGCCUUGAGGUACCACACCCUGCAGGACCCUCAGCUCCACAACACCCUGAGGGACCUCCUGACCUCUGUCAAGACGGGCAACAAAGGACUGAGCGCGGCAGCCCGCCUCUACCUGGCCAGACGUCUGCGCCUCAAACAGGAGUUCUUCACCGCUGUGGAGCAGCAAUACGGCAUUCGACCCAAAGCCCUGCAGGGAGGGAGUCAAGACACCAAGGAGAUCAACAACUGGGUCGCCACGGAGACCGGCAACAAGGUGCCGCGCCUCCUGGCCAAGCCCCUGCCUAGGAACCCUGGAGUCAACGCUGUGGCUGGGGCCUACUUUAAAGGGAAGUGGAUGACGGCGUUCCAGCCUCAAUCCUUGCAGAACUUCCAGCAGGAGGGCAAAGCGCCCGUCCGGGUUCCCAUGAUGCAGCAGGAGCACUACCCCAUCAAGAUGGGCGUGGAUUCUGACCUGAGCUGCACAAUUGCACAGAUCCUCCUGCAGAACCAGGUGAGCAUGUUUGUGUUCCUGCCUCAUGAAGUGACGUCCAACCUGACCGCCAUGGAGGAGACGCUGACAGCCGAGUUUGUGCAAGACCUGGGCAACACGCUGCACGCCACGCACGUCACCCUCACCAUGCCCGUCUUCAAGUUCGGGUACGCCACGGAACCUCAUGACGCUGCUCCCUGCCUUGGGGCUCACGGAUUGGCUAGCUGACCAGGACUUGGGGAAGAUUUCAGCACAGCCGCCAAGCUGGUCACCAUUUAUCAUAAGGUCGUCAUGGAGACGGCACCCGAUGGCGAAGCAGUCGGCGCCCGCCACCCUCCACCACCAGUCACCUGACCCUACCGCGUCGACCGUCCCUUCCUCUUCCUCCUUCGCGACGAGGCCUCGGGAGCCUUGCUCGUCGUCGGCAGAGUCAUUAAUCCCAAGGACCUGACCAUCUAACACACAUACACAUCAACACACACAUACGCACACACACACACUCUUAGCAGGUCCUAGGAGGGCAAUGAGGAUGAAACGUGAUUUAUCGUUAACGUUGUCACUUGUGGUACAUUUGUGUGAUGUUACAAAAUAAACCUAACAAUGGAAAAAA